AUGCCGUAUAAAUCAAUCAGUCAAUCACUCCUGAGUUUGUUAAUAUCUAUCUAUCUAUCUAUCUAUCUAUCUAUCUAUCUAUCUAUCUAUCUAUCUAUCUAUCUAUCUAUCUAUCUCAAUCUAUCUAUCUAUCUAUCUAUCUAUCUAUCUAUCUAUCUAUCUAUCUAUCACAGCUUCAAGGAAGUUAAUAAUAUCAAUAAGACGCGGUGUUAUCGCCUUCUCUAUCUUCCCUUUCUUUCUUUCUUUCUUUCUUUCUUUCUUUCUUUCUAUCUUUCUCUCUAUCUUUCUCUCUUUCUCUCUCUCUUUCUCUCUCUCUUUUUCUCUCUCUUUCUCUCUCUCUCUUUCUCUCUUUCUCUCUAUCUUUCUCUCUUUCUCUCUAUCUUUCUUUCUUUCUUUCUUUCUUUCUCGUCACUGAAAAAAAACAGUCUUCUUCUUCUUCUUCUUUUUCUUCUUCUACCUGCCAUUUUAAUUUUCUUUUUUUCCUUCACCCUUUUUUUUCUUUCUUGCUUUUUUCAUUUUUCCGUGCUUCAUAUUUGUAUUUUGAUUAUGUUUUCUACACUCUUUCGAUUUUAUAUUUUUGUCCUUUUCUUUUUUCGUCAUUUUCUUUCUUUCUUUUACUUCCUUCUCUGUUUUUCUUUUGAUCUUUUCCCUCGUUUUUUCCUUACAUUUAUAUCUUCUUCCUCUUCAUCCUAUUCUCAGAUUUCUCUCUUCAUCGACAUUUUCCCCUUUUUUUUCUUGAUUCAUUAUCUUCCUUUUCAUUCGCUCUUCUUUUUUUACUCUAAUCAUAUCUGUCUGUCUCUUGACAUCUAUCUAUCUAUCUAUCUAUCUAUCUAUCUAUCUAUCAGUCUAUCUAUCUAUCAGUCUAUCUAUCCUGGCAAAACUGGACAAACCAACACAAUCUUUCUUUUAAUUGGAGACUUCCGUGUUGCUUCCACCCGAUAUCCUGCUUUCUUUUUUAUCGAUUAG